GUAAGCCCUGUUCCCUGGCACCAGUGAAAAUUUCCCCUCCAUACUGAGCCGACUCUACCGUACUGAACCCGCAUCUAGAGGCCGAGCCCGUACGUUUCCUGGGCACGCCGCCUCCCCCUCCUCCCCUCUACUACUCAGCUGAUCUCGGUCGGGGCGGUGUGGCGUGCAGGUCAAUCCUCGCGGGCUCGCGCUGAUCUCUUCCUCGUCGUUCGCUGUAGGAAGUCACCAUGUCUUCUUCAAUGCAAUCUUCAUACCUUCCUGCUACCACUGAGUCAAUAGCAAAGGCUCAGGAGGCUAAGGAUGCUUCGGAGUCCAUCUCAAUCCUCUACCGUGUGCUUGAAGAUCCGUCUUCUUCUGCAGAUGCGCUGAGAGUAAAGGAGCUUGCCAUUACAAAUCUGACAAACUACCUCACAAAAGAAAACAGAGCUGAGGAGCUCCGAAAUCUUUUGACCCAGCUCAGGCCUUUUUUCGCAUAUAUUCCCAAGGCAAAGACUGCGAAGAUUGUGCGUGGCAUCAUUGAUGCUGUUGCCAAGAUACCUGGAACAUCUGAGCUUCAGAUCUCACUCUGCAAGGAAAUGGUGGAAUGGACUCGUGCAGAGAAGCGUACCUUCCUCAGGCAGCGUGUGGAAGCGAGGCUAGCGGCCCUUCUCUUAGAGAAUCAGGAGUAUACUGAAGCCCUUACCCUCCUUUCUGGUCUCAUCAAGGAAGUCAGAAGGCUGGACGACAAAUUGCUUCUUGUGGACAUUGACCUUCUGGAGAGCAAACUCCAUUUCUCUCUGAGAAACUUGCCGAAAGCCAAAGCUUCUCUAACUGCCGCAAGAACUGCAGCCAAUGCCAUUUAUGUUCCACCAUCUCAGCAGGGCACUAUCGAUCUGCAGAGUGGAAUCCUUCAUGCUGAAGAAAAGGAUUACAAGACUGCUUACAGCUACUUCUUUGAAGCAUUUGAAGCUUUUAGUUCACUGGAGGAUCCUAAGGCCAUCUUCAGCUUGAAGUACAUGCUUCUGUGCAAGAUAAUGGUUAACCAAGCUGAUGACGUUGCAGGAAUAAUCUCGUCAAAGGCUGGCCUGAAGUAUCUGGGUCCUGAUGUUGAUGCUAUGAAAGCUGUGGCCGAUGCCUACUCGAAAAGAUCUCUGAAAUACUUUGAAACUGCCCUUCGCGAUUAUAGAGCCCAGCUGGAGGAGGAUCCUAUUGUCCACAGGCAUCUUUCGUCACUGUAUGAUACCCUCCUGGAGCAGAACCUCUGCAGGUUGAUUGAGCCCUACUCGAGGGUGGAGAUUGCUCAUAUAGCAGAGAUGAUCGAGCUGCCGAUUGACCAUGUGGAGAAGAAGCUGUCACAGAUGAUCCUUGACAAGAAAUUCGCAGGGACCCUGGAUCAGGGUGCUGGUUGCCUCAUCAUCUUUGAGGACGCCAAGACCGAGGAUAUCUUCCCUGCCACACUUGAAACAAUUGCGAACGUCGGGAAGGUCGUGGACAGCCUUUACAUGAGAUCGGCCAAGAUCAUGGCUUGAAAGAUGGUGGUCUACUGCCAGUUUAGUUGAUCUUACUUUGGCUAUGCUAGUAUCCUGAAGACAUUUAAUCCUGAAUGUUUUCUUUUUGGGCUGGAAACUGUUUUUUCAAAUUAGCUACAAUUAUGCCAUGUUGCUCAUGGACAAGACACUGUUGUUGCUGGAUUUUGGAGAAGCCGUCAAGGCUUUUGAUGGUUCCUAUUUUAAAUCAUGUUACCUGUUGGGGUUA